AUGGAUUGGGAACGUGAUUAUAUCGGAGCCGCUACUAAGGCCUCCUCCGCCGCUCCUCCGCCAUGCACCGCCGCCUCCUCCUCCUCCGACGACAACGACGACGCCGCCGCCAAGCGCGGCAAGAAGCGCGGCAGCUACAACUGCGGUCACUGUGGCCUCCCCAAGAAGGGCCACUCCUGCCACGUCGGCUCCUCCCACUCCCCCGCCCCCGACUCCUCCUCCGCCGCCGCCACCUCCUCCACGCUGCCCGUCAGCGCCGCCGCCGCAUCCUCCGCCUUGGCGGCUUCCGCGUCCACCGUCACCGUCAUGCCGUCCGCGCUCUCCUCCGCCGCCCGCCCUCCCCAGUCGCCGCCGCCCCUCCUGCCGCACCACCCGAUCUCGCACCUCCGCUGCGCGCUCUCCUUCGACGACCUCGACGUCCGCGCCGACGAGGAGGAGGAGGACAUCGACGAGGUGGAGCCGGAUCUCGACGAGCGGGAUCGGGAUUUCGUGGACGGGGAUGCGGACGCCGGCGGGUUGCCCGCCAGGUGCUUGUGGGAGGUCCUGAGGAGGUUGCCGCCGGCGGAGCUGCUCGCGGUGGCGCGGGUGUACAAGGGGUGGCGGGAGACCUCGAGGAGGGUAUGGUGGGCCGCCGAGGAUCUGAAGCUCAGGGUUCCCUCGAGAGCUCAGCUCUAUUUCGUCGGAUCGGUGUUGAACAAGUGCCCUGAGCUCGUUAGGCUAUCUCUGUGGAUGGAAAGUGAUGUAGAUGCGACGAUGCUGGCUUGCAUUGCGUUCUCAUGCCCUAAUCUGGAGUCUGUGGAGAUCUCAACAUCCUCUAAUGCUGUCAACCGGAUUACAGGAGAUGAAUUGGGUCGUUUUGUUGCUGACAAACGAUGCCUAACGUGUCUUAAAAUGGAAGGUUGCUCUAACCUUGGGGGUUUGGUUCUCAGCUCAUCGAGUCUUUCUACACUCUGGCUUUCUGAUCUAAACUCCCUCUCAAAGAUGGUAUUUAACUGCCCUAACUUAAGAGAAAUCUCCUUGGAAUUCUCUCGCAAUGGAAAUGAUUGUACAGAUUUGAUUGCCACAGUUGAUGGUCUGGGAAGGAGUUGUCCAAUUUUACAAAAUAUUCACAUUGCGUCGGUUCGGCUUUCUCAUGCGGUUGUACUAGCUCUUACAGCUUCUAAUUUAAGGGGUUUGCGGAUGCUAUCACUGGUGCUUGGAUCAGAAAUCACUGAUGCAUCUGUUGCUGCUAUAGCUUCAAGCUUUUCGGAUUUAGAAUUGCUUGAUCUCAGUGGGUCAAGCAUUAGUGACAGUGGCAUCGGGAUGAUAUGCAAUGUGUUUCCUGAAACAUUAUUAAGACUCCUACUUGCCCUUUGUCCUAACAUCUCUUCAAGUGGAAUUCAGUUUGCCAUAGCUCAGCUGCCUCUUCUUGAACUCGUGGAGUGUGGUAUGACUGUAUGUGAUAGUAAUGAUGAAAGCCUCAUCUCUGAUGAAGCCAUCAACCAUGGGAUGGAGAAAAGGCCCAACAGCAAUCUUCACCUCAUACACCAGAAGCUUAUUAUAAAGCACAGUAAAUUAAAAAAACUCAGCUUGUGGGGUUGUAGUGGCUUAGAUGCCCUGUAUUUGAACUGCCCAGAGUUGAAUGACCUGAAUCUCAAUGCCUAUAAAAAUUUGCUCACUGAUCGAUUGCUAAUUCAGUGCCCCAGUUUAGAGAAUGUAUAUGCGUCAGGUUGUCAAGAAUUGUUAAUAGAGGUUAUUCAAAACCAAGUCAACAAUAAUUCUUUUCCCAUGGAAAACCAUUUGCCCUUUAAACGUCUGGCUGAUGGUUCCAAGAGAGUUCGGGUUCCCCAUUUUCUGUGCCAACAGCAAUUUGAUGUUUAUAAGAAGCAGAGAAGGAGGCCGCCGUGUAAUGUGCUUGCAGAAUGAUUAUACAUGUGGAUUGUUUUGACAAUUGACAUGGUGGUAGCUUCACUUGUUUGAUGUCAUAUUACUGCUGAGGCAAGGC